AUGAAUCCCGACGACACCACCAGUGGGUUCCGGCAUGCCAGCGUGCUCAUGUUCAUCAACGAGCAGAUGGCCAGGCACGCCAAGGGCCCCGAGUUCUACCUGGACAACCUGUCCCUGUCCUGGGAGGAGGUGGAGGACAAGCUCAAAGCCAUCCUGGACAGCAGCGAGAUGCCCCGGGCUGUUCAGGAAGCCUGUGCCUGGAGCAGCCUGGCCUUGGGCGUGCGCUUCGCCUUCCGCCAGAGUCAGUUGCAGGGGCGCCGGGUGCAGUGGCUGCAUGACUUCGCCAGCCUGCACCGGUCGGCGGCGCACGCCCUGGCGAUGGACCUCAAGAAGCUCACGGACCAGCAAGAGAUGGAACGCAAGGAGGCGGCCUACCAGCUGCAGUUGGCUCACACCAAACUCGCAGAGGUGCAGAGAGAGCGAGACCUGAUGAGACUGAAGCUACUUCAUGCAAGAUUUGCCACCAGUAUGAGAGUUCUGAGAGACUACAGAGGAUGCCAGCACCAGAUACAAGCGAGGAUCUCUACGAUUAUACAGCCUUUUAACAGAAAUCUUCCCUAG